UAUGAGGUUAAAGGACCAUGUUUUUUUUCUCAUUACAGGAUGUUGCAGGGAGCUCCUCCCUCCAAGUCCCUCCUAUCAGGCCCACACCCAACCAUAAAUACAUGAGCUUAAAGCAGAAAGAGGGUGCUUUUUUACAGAGAGAGGCUCAGCUAUUUUGUUUUGUGGGAGGCAAGGACGCAGCAGCUCAGAAGGUUCACUGACUCUGUUAAGAGGUGGGAGUACGGCAGUGUGCUUCAAGAGUCAUUUUAAGGCGUUUGUCGCAGGCGAUGGAUAAUAAGAAAAUCACUGCAUCCCUUAUCUAUGCUGUUUCUAUUGCUGCCAUUGGGUCUCUCCAGUUUGGGUACAACACGGGUGUCAUCAACGCUCCUGAAAAGAUCAUCCAGGGUUUCUUCAACAGAACCUUGUCACAACGGAGUGGGGAGCCCAUCUCCGCAGAGCUCCUAACCUCACUAUGGUCCCUUUCUGUGGCCAUCUUCUCAGUAGGAGGCAUGAUCGGCUCCUUCUCAGUCAGCCUUUUUGUCAAUCGAUUUGGCAGGAGGAACUCCAUGCUGCUGGUGAACAUCUUGGCCUUUGCUGGUGGCACUCUCAUGGCCUUCUCCAAGAUGGCAAAAGCAGUGGAGAUGCUGAUCAUUGGCCGCUUCAUCAUUGGCCUCUUCUGUGGCCUCUGCACUGGCUUUGUACCCAUGUAUAUCAGUGAGGUCUCACCCACCAGCCUCCGUGGAGCCUUUGGAACCCUCAACCAGCUAGGCAUUGUUGUUGGCAUCCUGGUGGCCCAGAUCUUUGGCCUGGAGGGGAUCAUGGGGACUGAAAAACUUUGGCCACUGCUUUUGGGGUUCACAAUCCUCCCAGCAAUCCUUCAGUGUGUGGCUCUUCUUUUCUGCCCUGAGAGCCCCCGCUUCCUGUUAAUCAACAAGAUGGAAGAGGAGAAAGCACAAGCAGUUCUCCAGAAGCUCCGUGGUAUGCAAGAUGUGUCUCAAGACAUCCAGGAAAUGAAAGAAGAGAGUGCCAAAAUGUCCCAGGAAAAGAAAGCAACUGUGCCAGAGCUCUUCCGCUCUCCAAACUACCGUCAAGCCAUCAUCAUUGCCAUCAUGCUGCAGCUCUCCCAGCAGCUCUCAGGCAUCAAUGCUGUGUUCUAUUAUUCUACAGGGAUUUUUGAAAGAGCUGGUAUCACACAGCCUGUGUAUGCCACCAUUGGAGCUGGUGUGGUAAACACUGUCUUCACUGUUGUAUCGCUGUUCCUGGUGGAGCGUGCGGGGCGCAGGACCCUCCAUUUAGUUGGUUUGGGUGGCAUGGCUGUGUGUGCUGUCCUUAUGACUGUCGCUUUAGCUCUGAAGGACCUUGUGGAAUGGAUCAGAUAUAUCAGCAUUGUUGCCACUUUUGGCUUUGUGGCUCUCUUUGAGAUUGGUCCUGGCCCAAUACCCUGGUUCAUUGUGGCUGAACUCUUCAGUCAGGGCCCACGGCCUGCAGCCAUGGCAGUGGCUGGUUGUUCCAACUGGACAUCCAAUUUCUUGGUGGGAAUGCUCUUCCCCUAUGCAGAGAAACUCUGUGGCUCCUAUGUCUUCCUCAUUUUCCUCGUUUUCCUGGUCAUCUUCUUUGUCUUCACAUUCUUCAAAGUGCCAGAGACCAAGGGCAGGACAUUUGAAGACAUCUCCAGGGGCUUUGAAGGACGAGCAGAAACCAGCCCCACAUCACCAGUGGAGAAGAACCCUAUGGUAGAACUGAAUAGCAUACAACCUGAUAAAGAAGCUGCCUAAGGUCAUGACACAUCCCUUCCUUGACUCUUUUCUGUGCUCAAAGAGAGUCAUUAAAGGAAUGAGCAGAGAGAAAAAAAAAACAUGAGAAAACUGGGAUGAUUUUUUUUCGAUUGCUGCUAUUUUCUUCUUCCCACUCACAUAUCCCCCUUCUGCCAGGCCUCACCAGCGUUAAGCAAUCUGAUGUGGGAGAUCCCAUUUUCAACACUGGAAGGCACCUGGUGCUCUAGCAAAGGUAAUCUCAUCUUCCCCUGCCACAGACAUCAGGAGAACAGAGAACAGCUGGCAAUAUUUUCGCUUUUCUCACCUUGCUACUUGGGAUUAACAUACUUACGCACGAGUGACCAUUAGGUAUUUGAAUCUAAUUACUCUUUUUGUAGAGUGAACUAAAGUCACUAAAUAAGUCCCCUGCAUCCCACUUCACAAGUCUCCUCCAUGUGCGUAUGUUUGUGUGCAGUGUUAUGCUGGAAUUUAACAAACUUACCAAAAAGUCAUCUUGUUGCUUUUUCCUAUACAGUGUGCACUUUUUCAGCCUCAGGAAAAAGGGACCAAGUUAUAUGCAUAUUUUUUUCCUGUUCUUUUAUUGUUUUUUUUUUUAAUAGACAGAUUGAAGACAUAAUUCUUUGCUUAAGUUUAUUUAUUUGUAUGUCACUUUGUAAAUAUUUAUUUUUUUAAUGGUGUACAAAAAUGUACAGAUUAUGAAACAGAAGAUGUUUAAGAGAAAAAUAGCUAUUCUAACAAAAGAUGCUGUAGACCUGAGGUGGAAUAAAACUGUAAAGGAGAAAUAUGGUACUAACGGGAAAUCAGGCAUUCUGGCUGGUAUAUAGAACAGAGCCAAUUAUUCACAUCACCUUUAAAAGUUAUUUCUGCCCUCUGCUGGAAACAAAUAUGAAGAAUUGAAUACUAGUGAGAAGAACUAUAUGUUUGCAUGCCUGCCAAAAUCCUUGUGUCCUCUGGGAUUUAUUGGUAGCCAUGUUAAGUAUUGUUCCUAAGUAUUACUUGAAAAGUGUGGUAUUGCAGCAAAUGGAUGUUGUUACUCUAUAUUAUUUUAAGUCACUGUGCGGGAUGAUUGAGGGUGAUAAUUGUAGACCAGAAGGUGACUUUUUCUGCCUUCUUUUGAUUUUUCGCUUCUCUAUUGAUGUUUUAUAGUAGGCCAUGAAGUCUGAAACAUACAGAUUGUUACUUAAGAUGUGCAAGGAAAAAGUAUUUUUUCAAAGCUGUAUUUUCUUAGCAAUUGUUCUUAUAAAUUUUAGACAGAGGCACGUAGCAUGAGCCUUCUGGACACAGUAGUAAUAAGUUAUGGUAUGUAUAAGUUUAUAAAGGCGGAGAUGCAGAACUAGAGCUAAAGGAAACUGCUAGAUUAGCAGUGCAAAAGAUGCAUAGUACUCAGCCCGUUGGCUGUAUGUAGGCCAAAUGUUUUUGCCCCGUCUAUUGACUCUGGAAGGUUUGCAUGACAUUGCAAUGUCCACCAUUGUGCAGUGUGCUGUGUAGGUUUGUGUGCAGCUGUGUAAUAUCACCCUCUGUUGAAUGGGCUAUGGGAGACAUAGUAAUUGUACAUCCAUAGAUAAUGGUUUCUCCUGCCUUGUCUCCUAGUUGCUAGGCCACUUAGAGUAUGUAUAUGCCUAGCCCUUGCUGCCAGGCUAUCACAGUUAAGUUUAGGAAGGCAAAAAUUAGUGCAUAAGGUAUCUUUGCAAUCAAGGGUUGAGACCUUUGCUUCACUGACUGUAAUGCUCUCUUGACAGAGAGUCCAUGGCCAUGUCUGUCCAGGCCUGCAUGAGCUGUGUAAAGGUGGCACAGGGGAAGGUCCACUUUGAAACUCCUGCUCUAAGUUCUGUGUUUUCAGACUGAAUCAAACUCGGGUUCUGAAUGCAGUGGUUCAGGUCUGCCUGCAAACACAUGCCAGAGUUCAUGGCUGGCCCUACAGAGAGGUAGGCCCUCAGGUUUCAAAGUGUGUAAAAGAAAAAAUGGCUCAGAAAGGGAGGAAUGCCAAAAAAAUUGUGGCAGCAUGGAUUGCCCAAGCUUUCCUGACAACAUAUUGCUUCAGAGCAGGUUGGAGAAUUUCCCAUCAAUGUAUAGUUGGGGGUGUCUUUCUGGUGAUAAACAGAAAGUCUCUAGUGAUAAACAUUGCAAAGAUGAGCAAAAUUUGUUGCUGGGAAAUACUACCUGUGACUUAAUUAAAUAAUCCCUCUUUGCACAAUGUGAUCCUAUUAUACCCAGUUCUCCCUAGCUUUCCAUCAGGCUUCUGCUCCAGGUAUUUAUUCCCAGAGGUAUUAUAUAUGACUAUUUCCUCUCCCUACUUUCAUAUUUUGGCUCAAUUAUACAAAUUCCGUGCCUUUCCUUUGACCCUCCAGCACCUGGAGAGGCAAUAUUUCUGUCUGGGCACCUGUUAUGUUAGGAAAUCCCACCCCCACAGCUGUGUGUAAGAACAUUCCCUACUGUGCAUCAGGGAUUUGUGUGUUGGCUUGGACUGAAAUGUAUAGGUCUGUCUCACAUGGUGUCUCUUCUUAUUUUCUUUUUCUGCAAUGGCAUUGUGAAUAUUUCAGAUGGGUUUUAUAUGCUUAGUAUGUGACUGUGUUUCUUGUUUUUAAAAUAAAAACUACAGAUAUAAA